GUGAACGAACAGGUCAUGGUCUCUGUGCGAUGGAAAGUCAAUCUUGAGCGUGCUCUGACACGCUGAUGAAGUGAGGACACACCCUGCUGUUAUUCAGGACAGAAAAUGGAGGACAGCUGCAUGCGUUCUGGACCAGCAGGAGAAACAGUGGUUGUUAACGGCACGUCACCUCCGGCCAAAUGUGUUGCAUAAUAAGAAACCCAAGUAUUUUAAGACUCUUUGGGAAGCAGACAGCCAGUUCAAGCAACGGUACUGCAGCUGAACUGUUUUAGUGCGAGUCCAGCUCAUAAAAAUCCAAACCUUCAGGUUUGAAGUUGCCCAAGAAGGCCGAUAAAAAGCGAGCUGAGACGACGGCUCAAACUGGCUCCUAUAACCAUGGCUCUGCUGGAGGUGGGCCGCAGCACAGACUGGGAGAGCGCGGAGCCCGGUUUACUGUCCUCUCUUCACCUCACAUCGGCUGACUAACUCUCACAGUGGCGCUCCUGUUCACACAUCACUGAAACACCGGUCUGAAAAGAAUCCAGAUGAUGGUGUGCAGUCCGCUGAGUGUUGCAGUGCUGUGCUGCAUACUGAGGCUCUCUGUGCCUGCCUUCCUGCGCCCUGAGUUUAGUGUGGCCUACGUUACCGAACGCAAUGUGUUCAUGUGCACACAAGUGCAUCUGGCCUUCUGUGAGGAGAUGAACUCCAGCGAGUUCAGCAGCUGCAAGGAUCAGUCAUCUGUCCUGGACAGGGCCGAGAGCCCCAGCACGCUUCACAGAAAGAACCUGACGGUGUGGUACAGCUCGCCUCUUAACGUGGCCCUCCUGCUGAACGACUCUGAGGUGACGCACCUGUCUCUGAUCCAGUGUAAGUCUGCUGCCCAGCAGCCCGUCCCGUUCGAGUACUUCACAGUGCAGCGCUUGCAGACUUUAACGGUCACCUACCCGUUUGGGCCGCCCGGACAGAGGCUCAUCACAGGCAAGGACAGGGACCACGAGGAGGAGAGGAUCGCAGUCAUUCACACCUCUGUGCUGACCGGGAAAACUGAGCUGAAGUCCUACACAGUCCAAGCCAGAGUGGAUCGCAGUGGAAGGAUGCCUUUCCCAAACAUUUUUAUGUCUCGUAACAGGCUUUCUGAAAUGUCCAGGAUAUUUGUCACUUUUCUGUACUGAGAGGCAUUUCCCCAGGAAUUUAAAAGCUUCACUGUACAAGUCCCUAGAACACAGAUAUAAUUAAUAACAUAUACGCAAUGCAUACAGUUACAUUAUACAGAUACUUACUGCACACACCGCAAACAUCAGAAUCUUUCAGAAUUUAACAAAUUCAUUUUUCAGAGGUUUGUAAUGAAGGCUUUGCACGUGCGCUGCUGUUUUACUGAGGAUUUAAUUCUCAAGAUGUUUUGUAUUUACAAUAACGAAAAGGAUAAUAUUGAAUUAAAAAAUAUCUAUUUAUAUUAAAGGAAAAUGUCAAAGAAUUAUGUGAUGCUGUUGUUCAAGAUUGUACUGCCUUGCAGAAUCUGUUCCCCUUAGACAGAGGUACAUAUAUGAUGCCUGUUCAAAAACAACCCUGGGUCAUAUCCAAAAACUGAAAAAGACAUAAGCAAAAGCAAAUGUGAGAUAAGCAAACAUGUAGAUUUAUCUUGUCUCUACAUGUCUUGUACUCAUAUC